AUGUCUAAAGUUACGCAGCAACUGAAAUUUUUGAAUAAAAUUAGCGCCACUACUAAGCUACCGCAGAUUCUUGUAGAUCCGAAGAAGUAUUCUGGACUUAGAUUGACUUUUCAGACGAAAAACCACAAUGGACAUAUGGGCGCUAGGGUCUUUUGGCACAACUAUCUACCCACUUUACAAUUUUAUAAUCCAGAAAUGAAAUUUGAUGUGAUGAGAAUCAAGAAUGAAGACAAGCAGAAAAGCGUUCCUUGCAUGCUAGAAGUUUUAUCUCAUGAAGGCUCUGUUGUAGAGACCAUUGAUAUGCGCAAUAAAAUGCACGAGGAUAUAAUGAAAGAUCUACUUAACAAAAUUGAGCACACUCCUCUUCCUGAAAAUAAGAUUGUAAGAAUUGGAUUGCAAAAAGUAGUGUAG